AAACGGCUGCAUUGCUCCCCAGAACAACCACCCUCAGCUUACGUUCGAAAUGGCUGACUGAGGGAGCAGAUUUAAUUCCCCGAGGGAGACGAUUGUGAUCAACAUAACAAGUUUUAUAGUUUUUCUCGUCGUUGCUGGCUUCGAGAAAGUAAGAAGGACAUAAGAAUGCAACUCUGUUUUGCAACCACCCUUACAAUCGCCAUCCUCCUGGGUAACUCUAUCAAGCUCCGAGCUGCCAUUACCGGGCCGGCUACCGCCGAGAGUGAUGGUCCUGGGUCUCAGGUGUGUCCUAUGUGCUGCCAGGGACCUGCUGGAACACCCGGAAUUCCGGGCCUACCAGGAAAUCAGGGUCAAUUUGGACCGGCAGGGGCAAAGGGCGAUGCUGGGGUCAAGGGUCAGAAGGGUGAGAUAGGUCCAACUGGCGCUGUUGGGAACCCUGGCCCCAAAGGGGACGAUGGACUGGGCCUGCCCGGUAAGGUAGGUCCUAGAGGUCCACCUGGUGUAGUUGGUGCUAUUGGGGAGUCAGGGGCCAAAGGUCAAAAGGGCGAGCCAGGGGAGACUCCAGAUACCUCAGUCCACCAGGUAGCAUUUACCGUGAUCCGGACAAGUCCCUCGGAUAUAUCUACGAGUCAUGCCACCCUUUUGCCCUUCCAGCAGGCUAAGAGGCUUUUGCCAGGUACCAGCUUUGAUCUUGGGACCGGAACAUUCACUUGUAACGUGCCGGGCACCUACGUAUUUACGUUUUCUGUAUACAAAUAUUCAUCUAACCAACUCUUCGUUCAUCUUAGGAAAAACGAUGAAUGGGUUGUCUCUGGCGGUAGCUAUGAUUCCAGACACAGUGAGCAGGUGUCUGCGAGCGCGGUGCUGGUUCUGCAGCGAGGGGACUCGGUGUAUUUGACCAUGUAUGGUAGGGCAACAAGUGCUUCAACCUAUGCCUACACAUCAUUCACUGGCUUUCUACUUUACUCCCAGUGAACAAGAGAACGUAUGGACUAAAAUACGCACGAUUGCGUGUAUGUGCUUUUGUGCUUUUUUGGAUGCGAAUGUUUGUACGAAAGCUUCAGUCUCUGCAGAUCAAUGUAUUUGGAAACACGUAGCUUUUCCUGCAAAAUUAUUAUCCUGAGCUAAUCUUUAUCAAAUUCAAUAUUCAUUGUUUGGGUACCUGGGACCUGAUUUUGCUUUUGUUAAAGUUGAAACGUGUUUAAAAUGAAUGCAGCAUUGUCUUUAUUGAGGAAAAAUGAACUAAAUCAUCUAAAUUAACAUGAAAUUAAUCAAUCAAAAAAUUCUCUAACGUAAAAGAUGCCGCCAUCAUGACGACAUCUCAAAUAUAAAUAGGAGUAGUUCCGAGCUAAUCCAUGCCGACCAGAACUUGUUUAGUUGUGUAUCAAAAACCGUGCUUUUGAAGAUGUCAUCGCAAGGUCAUUAUUUCCUAACUUCAAUUGCAAUUUUUUUUACACAUGUUUAAGAUAUUGUGCAUGCAAUUCCGAACAAAAUUCGUGACGGAAAAUGAAUCGCAAAUAAUGUCAAAUGGCAGGCUGUUAUGUGUUUAAUUAAAGAUACAUUGCAGUCAUGUCAGCAAGGAAAACAGGCAAACCCAAGUUGAUGGUAACAAUGGACUUUUGUUUAAAGAAAAGCCUUAGCGAACCUUUGACGUGUCACGGAUCAGAAACUCAAAUGAUAUUCUUUUGUUUACAUUGAAACGUUUUCCAUGUUGAUGAAUUUGGUUACCUGAGGUGGGCCACGCUCCAUUCUUGUCAAGUUCAACCUAAUCCCUAAUCUUGGACUCCAACCCAUCCUAACUGUCAGACACACGACGAAUCCAGACAUGUUUAGGACGUGCUGAGUGCAGCAGCCGCUGAAUGCAACUACAGCAAGCUGUUUAUUUUCACCAUAGUUAACUGUGUUGGAUUAAAGUAAUUAUUUUAUUUCUAUCAUAUGGGCCUCUGAGAUAUCACAUACUUUCUUCGAUACAAGAACAGAGACACAACAUAAUACUUUUCAUGGCAACAUCUACAGCGAUCAACUGCGAUAGACUGCAUGGUUUAUUACCUUUAUUCCUGAUAUUAAAUGAUAAUAAAUAUAUCUACUCUACCUGUUUGUAGCAUCACGUGUGAACCCUAUUGUAAUGGAAGUAAAAACACAAAGAAGGGACUUAAUAUUUGUAAAGUUAUCCAAGACAACACAACAUUUACAUUGUGACUGUAAGGUUAAAAAUAUAUGUUUGUUAUGUAUUUAUAUUAAUCUACCACUUACAUCCUUACAACAUACUCACUUGUAACUAAUGCUAUAAGAGGUUGCAUAGUUGCCCGUACGUAGUCAUGAUUGUUAAAAUGAUACUGUAAGAAUGUACCCAUAUUACAGAACCUGUUUCAAACACCUGGAUGUAGUCGAUUGGAGACAGAAUUUUAAAAUGUCAUGAUGUGUACU